AUGAGCUCCAACACCAAAACAGUUGCCUUCCUCGGCGGAACCGUCGGUGUCGGUCUGUCCGCACUCAAGCACACACUCGCAGCAGGUCAUCAGUGUAUCGCCCUCUGUCGAACCCCUGCCAAGCUCGCAGCUCUCAUCCCCCUCGAAUCAACGCCCAACCUCAAGAUCGUUCAAGGCAAUGCACAUGAUCUGAGUGCAGUAACCAAAUGCAUUCAAGCCGACGAUAAGGGAGAAAGACUCGUCGACGUGAUUGUAUCCACCAUCGGUAGUCGGCCCAAGGGCGGCAUAAGUCCCGAAGACCCAGAGUGUUGCAGAAAAGGCGCCGCGAUCAUGGUCGAGGCCAUCACGAAUCUGCGAAGUAGCGGCGCUACUGGAAACCCGCACAUUGUCACCUUCAGCACUACCGGUCUAUCCAACUUCGGACGUGAUUACCCAUGGGUAUUUUGGCCAAUCUAUGGAUGGCUCCUUAAAGCUGCGCACGAAGACAAGGAGCUUAUGGAGAAUCGCUUUAUCGAAAGUGGACAGCCAUUUACCGUUGUUCGCGCUAGCUUGUUGACUGAUGGUGUUACCAACAAAAGCGUUCGGGUUGGCGUUGAGGACCCGAAGACUGGACGAGAGUCGUUGGAGAUUGGUUAUUUCAUUUCCAGGGAGGAUGCUGGAAAAUGGACUGCGGAGAAUCUGGUCUUUAAAGAGGAGAAGAAGUACCUCAACAAAAUUGUGUCGAUUACCACCUGA